GACGUAUGUGGUCUUCCGCCGCUUUCAAGGGCAUCAGAAACUUACAUACUUAGCAGCUGCUUUUACACGUGCACCUAAGAAGACCGAUAAAAGCUGAAGACUGAAGAAAGAGACUCGGGUGAAAAUGGACGGGUUCGGUUCAGACUUUUCUGCGGGUGGAUCAGGAGGUAAAAUGGAUACUGGCACGAUUAUGGAGCAGGUUAAGGUCCAGAUAGCUGUGGCUAACGCUCAGGAGCUUCUACAGAGAAUGACCGAUAAAUGCUUCAAGAAGUGUAUAGGUAAACCUGGGAGCACACUGGACAACUCUGAGCAGAAAUGUAUUGCCAUGUGUAUGGACCGGUAUAUGGAUUCCUGGAACAUCGUGUCCCGAACAUACAACUCCAGAUUACAGAAAGAAAGGGCUCGCAUGUGAACACCCCACCCCCCUUUGUCAGCCUUCCUCAGGCUGAUGCUUACAGUGCGGAGGAGCGCGGUGUACCACUGGAGAACUAGCAGCUGUGUGACCGGUGUGACGGUGCAGCACAUCAUCAUCUGUCUACUGUCACAACACUUCACAGACAGACAGGCCUGCAGAGCCUGUGGACCACAGCCAUAACAAUCUCCUUCAGAUAUUUUUCCUUUAUUCUCAUGGACAGGAUUUUUUUUUUUUUUAGUUAAGGAUGAUUCUUCUUCUGGUAAACGAGUAAACAUGCAUUGUUAAAUGAAAUUUGCAGUUUGGACAUGUAGGUGUCUAAACUGAACUUUUCAAAUUCUUUAAAUGUGUUCGGCUCUCACUUAUCAUUUUGCCAGGGUUGUAAACGUAUGUCUUGUGCAGUGCAUCUGGGAUAUGUGUCAGUCCCCUGUAUAGAUGAAGCAGUUGAGAAAAUAUAUGUAGCGUAGUAUUGUAAUGUGCUUUGACUACAGUGUUGCUAAAGCAGACACCUUUUAUCUCUCUGCCUUGCUAAGGUCGCUUGUUUCUUUUUUAUAAGAAUGUGCAUAUUAAGAACACAAUAACGGUACCAUUCAUUUUAAAAAGGAAUGAAGAUACUCAGUCACUGCACUUGCUUUCUAAAACUGUCAUCACUAUGCUCAUGUUUGAAGCCCUUUCUUUUCAUUGUGUGUAUGAUCAGAGGGGGGCUAAAUAUUUGUGCUUAUUAGGUAAGCAGCGCGAUGUGAGCCAUUAAGAGACAAAGCAGACUUUUCUAAACACGUUUCACGGCCUACUUAAAAUCAUUGGGAAGACUUGAGCAGAAACCCUUGUGUUUUCACAACUUGACAUUAACAGGCCUACCAACAGGCCUAUAUCAGAGUACACCUGGAGAACAGAAAUGUUUUGUCUGACCUGUUUUCUGCUUGUUACUCUAUCUGCUGCCCUCCACAGUAGUGGGCUUGUUUCAGCAGAGUCUGCUUGCUGUACAGGGGGGGGGGGACUGAACCUUUCUCAGCUUUGUGUGCACCGUUUGUCAGAUAUCUGGUAACCCCCUCGGAGUAGGGAAGUAAGAGCCAGACAACUCUUUAACAUUAUCUCCAGUGUGAUUGUGAGCAUAUUUUCAUGAAUAAUCAAUAAAACUUGUCAAUCAGA